AUGCUGCACGCACUGUCCUGCACCAAGCGGCGGGGCGGUUCUGCUCUGUACUGGCCUCUCCACAUGUUCCUGCUGGAGAUGCUGACACCAGGAGUUCUGCCCAGCAUCUCCAGAUUACCGCCUUCAGCCAAGCGUGAGAUCAUCAUCGACGGGGACUUGGUGAUCGGAGCCUUGUUCCCCGUGCAUGAAAAAGGCGACGGGAUGGAGGACUGUGGGAAGAUCAACGAGGAGCGAGGGAUCCAGAGAUUGGAGGCCAUGCUGCUGGCGCUGGAUGAGAUCAACUCCAGUGAUCACAUCCUUCCUGGACUCGAGCUGGGCGCCCACAUCCUGGACACCUGCUCCAAGGACACAUACGCUCUGGAGCAGUCUCUAGAUUUUGUCCGGGCCUCCCUCACCAAGGUGCACGAUCCAGGCUUCAUCUGCCCUGACGGCUCCAGACCCGUCCAAAACGAGGUGCCGCUGGCCAUUUCUGGAGUUAUUGGAGGAUCCUACAGUGACGUCUCGAUUCAGGUGGCCAACCUCCUGCGUUUGUUCCAAAUACCUCAGAUCAGCUAUGCAUCCACUAGUGCAAAGCUCAGUGACAAAACCCGCUAUGACUAUUUCGCCCGGACUGUACCCCCAGACUUCUACCAGGCCAAGGCCAUGGCUGAGAUCCUGCAUUACUUCAACUGGACAUAUGUGUCGACAGUAGCAUCAGAAGGCGACUACGGUGAGACUGGCAUUGAUGCCUUCCAGCAGGAGGCCCGCAGUCGCCAGAUCUGCAUUGCAACGUCAGCUAAAGUGAGCCGUUCCAUGAAUCGCCAGGGCUAUGAGAACGUGAUCCGCUCUCUGCAGCAAAAGUCUAAUGCCAAGGUGGUAAUCCUGUUCACCCGCAGCGAGGACGCCCGUGAACUGCUGGUUGCCGCAGCUCGAAUGAACGUCAGCUUCACCUGGGUGGCCAGCGAUGGAUGGGGGGCGCAGGAGAGUGUGGCGAGGGGCAGUGAAAGUGCAGCCAAUGGGGCAUUUACCAUAGAGUUGGCCUCCUAUCGAAUCAGAGAGUUUGAAGAUUACUUUACCAAGCUGAACCCAUAUACCAACACAAGAAACCCAUGGUUUAGGGAGUUCUGGGAACACCGGUUUAACUGCAACCUUCAAGAGCCCGGCUGCAGUGAACACAACUUAAGAGACGGGAUUUUUGAGCAGGAGUCCAAAAUUAUGUUUGUGGUGAACGCUGUCUAUGCCAUGGCCUAUGCUCUGCACAACAUGAGGCAAGCAGUGUGCUCCAACACAUCCAAGGUCUGUGAUGCCAUGAAACCGGGCAAUGGCAAAAGAUUCUACAAGGAGUUCAUUUUGAAGACCAAGUUUGAAGCUCCUUUCAGACCUGCCGACACAGAGAGCAUGGUGCGUUUUGACUCUGUAGGUGACAGCAUCAGCCGUUACAACAUCUUUCAUUACCACAAAGAAGAGGGCAAGUUUACCUACAAGAAAGUUGGCUACUGGGACCAGAUCUUGACCCUGAACACCUCUCUGGUACCCUGGCGUGGCCUCGUCCCUCCGACCUCUCAGUGUAGCGACCCCUGCAGGAAGAACGAGAUAAAGAGCAUGCAGCCUGGAGAUGUGUGCUGCUGGAUCUGUAUUCCAUGUCAGCCCUACCAGUAUCUGCAGGAUGAGUUCACCUGUGCUGACUGCAGCUUCGGUCAGUGGCCGCUGGCCAACUUAACUGGCUGUUACGAUCUACCUGAAGAAUACAUCCGCUGGGAGGACGCCUGGGCUAUUGGGCCUGUUACCAUCUCUAUUCUUGGCAUCCUGUGCACCCUGACCAUAGUGGGUGUGUUCUUGAAGCACAACGAAACACCUGUGGUCAAAGCAAGUGGGCGCGAGCUCUCCUACAUCCUCUUGAUGGGAGUGCUGAUGUGCUACAGCAUCACUUUCAUCUACAUUGCCAAACCUUCCACUGCUGUUUGCACGCUCCGCAGGCUGGGCCUGGGCACCUCCUUCGCUGUGUGUUACUCCGCGCUGCUCACCAAGACCAACCGCAUCGCUCGGAUCUUCAGUGGGGUAAAGGACGGAGCCCAGCGGCCACGCUUCAUCAGCCCAGCCUCCCAGUUAGCAAUAUGUGGUGCUCUUAUCUCCUGCCAACUGCUGGUGGCCGUUAUUUGGCUGCUGGUGGAAGUACCAGGGGUUCGGAAGGAGGUGAGCCCAGAAAGGAGGAAUGUGGUUACCCUCAAGUGCAACAGCAGGGACACCAGUAUGCUUGUGUCGCUCACCUACAACUGCGUCCUCAUCAUCCUCUGCACGGUCUACGCUUUCAAGACCAGAAAGUGUCCCGAAAACUUCAACGAGGCCAAGUUCAUUGGUUUUACCAUGUACACCACCUGCAUCAUCUGGCUCGCCUUUCAGCCCAUUUUCUACGUCACAGCCAGUGACUACAGGGUUCAGACCACCACUAUGUGCAUCUCCGUCAGUCUGAGUGGUUCUGUGGUUCUUGGCUGCCUGUUUGCCCCCAAAAUCCACAUCAUCCUGUUCCAACCCCAGAAAAACGUGGCCUCACUCAGAGUCACAGCGAGUCGCUUCAGCGCCACAGUAUCCACUUCAGCCUCUGCUCCCAGCUCCAGCUUCUCUAAAGGAUCAGCCUCCAACUACGUGCCAGCAGUGUGUAAUGGCCGCGAGGUGGUGGACUCCACAACGUCCUCUUUGUGAAAAAGUUUCCUCUGUAAGCACAAAAGACCCCCCACCAUCAGUCAUCCUUCCAUCAAACAGGACCCUGAGUGAUGGACUGACCUCCCCCCACAUCAUCUCAUGUUGCAGAUAACUGUCAGGGUCAAGUGACCGGCAGCAGCAAACAUA